AUGUCAGAGGCGAUUAAGGAGGAAGGCAAGGCCAAGUUUCAGCGUGGGGACUACAUGGGUGCCGCUAAGGCGUACCGUCGGGCGGCCGAGGCUCUCGACGAGAGGACCGCCCCCACCGCCGACCGGCUAGAGCCCGUGCGAACACGCCUCCGCACACUGUACGAGAAGUGCAUGUGCAACGCGGCGGUGGCGGGCUUCAAGGCUGCGGCGGCGUCCCCCGCCCCCGGGGAGGCUCACAGCCUGGUGGUGGACACGUGCUCCAAGGCGCUGGCGCGGUGCGGGGGGAAGUGCCCGAAGGCGAGGUUCUGGAGGGCUCGCGUGAAGAUCUGCCAGCGCAUGUACGAGGCUGCCGAGAUCGAUCUGAGGAAAGCCGUCGAGGAAGAGGAAGAGGCAAAGGCUUCGGAAGCGCCUCAAAAGACCGAGAACUCCAAGAGCUACAGCCUCGGCAGCGGCGGGCUAGUCGCCAACGGCCCAGCUACAGCUCCGGACGACGCCGCAACCCCGAGCCCAAACGGCGCCUCGUUGUCGCCAAACGGCGCAUCCCCUCCCCCAAACGGCACUCCGUCGCCCCCAAGCGGGAUGACGAUAACUCCUGCGUCGAACGGAACCGGCACCAAUCCCGCCGCAAUCACCAACCCCACGGUCUCCGGCGGCGAUGGCUUUGCUUCAGCUGAAGCAGAGGGCAACGGCGACGGCAAGGCCAAGAGACGGCCGUCGGAGGCGGCGCGGUGGCUGGCGGUGGUGCGGGCGAAGAUAGCGGACGUGAGCGCCGCGAGGGUUCUGGCGGCCGAGCAGGCCUCCGCGCGCGAGGAGAACGCGGUGGCUGGGAGGCAAAGGGCUCUCGAGGUUGCCCAGAGGCGAGCUAGGUAUGGACCGGGUCACGUCCCUCGCCCGCCGCCCGCCAGCACCGAAGGAGAAGCCGGUGGGGAAGAAGAUGAGGAUGCUGAGGGCGCAAUGACGGGUGGUUCCUCGGAGAGGGGGACGAAGGCACAGGAGGAUGUCGUGUCAGGCUGGAAGGUGCCUCGUCCCCCUCCGCUAAAGGUCCCCAACCGGUCCCCCGCCAUGGUGUUCAACGAUUACGCCAUGCAGGCCAGGUUUCAGGCCCCCGCCGACUACGAGCAGAUCACCGGCGAGGACGGCCAGGCGGAGUACUUGUGUACCAUCAGCGUCGGUCCUGAGGACAGGAUAGUUGGCCGAGGGAGGGCCCCGAACAUAAAGGCGGCCAAGCAGCAGGCGUCCCGCGAGCUGCUCACGAAUGCCGCCCUGGCGUGGAACGAGGAAAACCCUGAGGACCUGAUCGAUAUGGAGACGAUGGUGCCCUUACCAGACGAAGCCGUUUCGAAGAAGUCCAAGGCAGCGGUGACCGAGAUCACCGAGGAGUUCAAGGCGUAUUGCGCGGCCUGGGUGGACAAGGUGGUGAGCGAGGACGUCCACGAGGCCUGCUUUCCGGACGGCAUCGGCAAGGGCGAGAGGAAGUACGUGCACCGAAUGGUGGAAGAGCUCAACAACCCGGCGGUCCUAUCGAAGUCGGCCACGGUCCGGGGGCGCCGACGGCUUAGCGUGAUGCGGAAGGCCAUGAUGGAGGGGAUGGCUUUCAUGAGCGGGGACAGUGUGAUCGUGGUCGACCUUCCCCCCCCGCCCACUAGCCCUGCCGAUGUUGGAGACCUGGCUUCGAUCACGAGGCCGCCGCCGGAGCGCAACUCAGGACCAACGGCAGCAGCAGGCAAUUCAACGGUCAAGGAUGCGACCACCGGGGGGACUGGGAGCGGCGGAGCCAGCAGCAAAACCGCCGGCACCGUUCCCGUAGCUGCUGCUACUGCAGAGGGUUGAGACGUCGGUUGGCACUGCUAGUGCUGUGCGGGACGGAAAAUAGUUUGCAAGAAGGUGGUUCUCACUACUACAGAGGGAGAAAGUGCGCACUGCCGUAGAGCAAUGAAGUGAAACCUUGACAAGAGAUGGCCAGCAAUGUUGCUGAUGCUGCUGCUGUCGGGAGGGUUGACAAAAGCAGCAGGGAUAAUGAACCUGGCACUCUUACUGUUGUUUUGAUGUGAAAGAAGAGAGUUGCAAAAUACGCCGGACAACAUGCGCCGACACCAGCAGCGACUACCAUAGCGAUUAGGUGAGGAGUCGUUACAGGCCGAAAAGCCAACCAAAACUUGACCAGCGCCAACGAAAGGCCCAACAGCGAGGCGGGAUGAGACAUCAGGACAGAUUCCAGGGGGUAGCCCCAGCUGAGAGGCGAAGUCGUGCUCUGCAUCGGAAGGUAGCUUCCCUUGUGAAUAGCGUAGGCCCUUUGUGUAGCGGAGCUUUACAUGCUCUUGGGGGGGGGGGUAAUGCCCCGUAAUUAGACUGUAGAGAUGUCGUGUUCUUUGCGCAGGGUUUUGAGUAUUGAGCGAUUUGUCUAGUCAAUGGAGAAGCUCAAGACGAUAAAGUUGAUGGUUUUGCACACCAGCGCCCCGCUGGGCUUGGAAGGGCAACAGAAGGCGAUGCGAUAGGGCUGAGAGAUCGACGGACUGGUGAAGAUUUAGAGGACAUUCCCGUGUCUGGAGGGAGGGAGGCCGGCCUCAAAAAACGGGAAAGGCGGAACGCAUUUUUCCGGUUGGUUUCGCUAGGUGUGUCGACGGGGUUGGGUAUAGACAGCGGAGGCGAUCGUGUCGGAGAAAGGGCACACCACACAGACAGGCCUCAAGGCGUAGCUAACUUAGAGGGCGCGCGUGGACCGGCAAUGAGUAAUAGCUCGCCUUUUCUAGAGGCUCGGACGGGCGUGAGUAGCUCGCCCAGCAGCGAGAUCUUGUCGAGAAGGAUCGGUCAACACAGCAUCCUGCCGGGUCCGAAAUAAUAGAAGUAGACUAUAUCUUAUGGUUUUGGUAUUCUCUAUCCCCGAGCUUUGGCCGCUGGGGGUCUUGAGGGAUGGGAUGGGUCAGAUUCGGCGGAGAGAUUAGGUUUUCCGUCAUUGUAGACCCAAAAGCGCUACCCAUGCGAGAACAUCGCGCACGCCGGGGGUGUGGGUAGUGAUUGAGGGUGGGGAGCACGUGGACAAGACCCCGUUGAUUUUUUUUGUGCGUGGGGUGACUUGGUUGUGUUUGCAUGGCGAUGGGUGUUUUCUGUUAGGGGAAGACUGAAAGCGCCGCAAGUAUGUUGUUCUUGGGGAGCGUGUAUGAAUAUUACGUGGGUCUUAGUGGAGAGGGCAAGCCUCGUAUCGGGUACUAACCAUUGGAGGGGGGAGGCGUGGUUGGGGCGAAGCGGGAUGAGUUGGGGGUUAGGCGGAGGAAAUAAUUUGGGGAGGGGGGGGGUGGGGGUACGCCGGGUUUUCCUCGUGAGUUCAAAACGCUGCAUUCAAAGGAGGGCAGAGAUUCCGAAGCAGAGGAGACAAGGAUCCCCAAAAGAAGUCGACGCUCCCGUGCGUCCUUGUCUUGAUAUGUCUAUGGUAUCUAUCUGUGCUGGUUUUUAAUUUUGUGUUUGUUUUUUGUAUGGUGGCGCCGAAGCAAUGGUAUGUUCUUCUGUUUGGAAUGAUUUUGUGACCCAUGUGUGUGUGCGGCUCGCUGUUUGCGGGAUACUCGACACAGUUUUGAUCCACCAGACCCGUGGGGGGGCUAUGUGAAUGUUGUGGGUAUGCAUGGUGGACUUGAUGAUGAGCGAUAAUCUUCUUGCCUCGUCCAUGUACCUCUCACUCGUUACGUUCGUUCAUUUCAACGAGGAACUUGCUUCGCGAUUGCUUUCUCUUGCUCUGUGCUCUCGGCAAGUUGUAGACUCGGCAAAGUAGAUCUGCUUGUCAAACUGCAUUGGCAGGUGAGUCAAGGUUGUGUGUUGCGUACGAAGCCUGCUUGAGUGUAGUUUGGGCCAAUGCUGAUCGUUUCGUCUCCAGAGUGGUCAACAACAUAGGUCAGAUGCCCCCGCCCCCCCGCCCCCUCGACUU